AUGAUCGCAGCGGGAUCGUGGGAUCAAAUGUGCCAAAGGGCGGAGGAUCUGUUGGAGGCUUGUGAUAAGUGGAAUUUAUCGAUCAGUGUGACAAAGAGCUUCUGGGGCAUGGAUAAGGUACGAUAUCUGGGGCACCGAGUGUCGACCGAAGGUCUAGAGGCGAACCCAAAAGAUCUGAAAUCCCUGACCGAUCUGCCAUUUCUCGGGUCACUUCGAUCCAUGCAGUCGUUCCUGGGUAGUCUGAACUACUACAGCCGAUUCAUUGAAGACUACACUAUCUACGCCUCGGUGCUAUAUGAACUACGCGAGGUGGAGUUUGCAGAACUGGAGAUACGAUCGGAUCUGAGGAAGAUCAUGGACCAGAACGACCCGAUUGCACGGGAUAACGGUCCACAAAAACUACAGCUGGCGGAACCAUUAGAUGAGAGGUGGAUCAGGGCUCAUAAGGCCUUCAUCACCCUGAAAACCAAGAUCGCGACGACUCCAAUUCUCCGCCACUUUGACGAGACGAGAACGGCGUCGCCCCAUGAAGCCGAACGAGUUGAAUUACAAUGUGACCAAAAAGGAGGUGUUGGUAUUGCUGAGGAUCUUGGAUCUCUACUACAAUUAACUAGUGGAACGGGCAAGAUCCGGGUUCUAACGAGGCAUUCCACCUUAGCCUGGCUGUUCAAGCCGACAGAAUUACAGGGUCGCCUAGGACAAUGGUCGGUUCUCCUGGCCCCGUGGACUCUCGAGAUCACAAAGUACACGAAAGACGAGGACGAGAUACUGGGUGCGAUCGCUACUAGCAUCACGCCGAGGGCGAAGAUGGACGACCCUUUAACCGACAUCGCUCCUCGGAAGGAACUUAAACGCCGGAUCCAAACACCGAUACCCACCGUGGAUCGAGAAUAG